UCGUCCUUUCAAUUUCGUCUGCGCUUGACACGGCACUCUCACGAUGUUAAACAAUCCCCUUUGGACCUAAACGCGGUCACUUAGAAUCAGUCACAGCCCAAUUAUUGUUUGUCCUAUUUUAAUUCGAAAGCUCAACGAUUUAAACUCGGCCGUCAUUCACCAAAAGCUGUUACUUUAACACUCGCAGUUUCUGUUUCUUUUCUCUCUUCUCUUCCCUAAGAGGCCAACUCAUAUCAUAUCAUUUUUAUCCAAAAGAUUCAAAAAUAUUUCUUCUCUUUUAUAUGUUUAUCAAACUUGCAGAAUUGAGAAACGUGUUGUUUAGAUGGGAAUUAAUAUCCCUCAACGGAUAGAGAAGUUGCCUCAUUCCUACAAGAUGCAUUCUUCCAUGUGCUUAGAGUUAAAGAACUUAGUUGAUAGGGUCAUGAGAAUCUUUCCUGAUAUAGAAGAUGCUCGACCAGGGUCCUCCACAGGGAUACAUACUCUAUGUUUGAUCAACAAAGCUUUGGAGAAAGCUAAGCUGCUUCUCCAGUACUGCAGUGAAUCCAGCAAACUCUACAUGGCAAUAACAGGAGAUGCUAUACUCUUAAGAGCUUGUAGAGCCAAAAAGUUAUUAGAGCAAAGCUUAAGUGACAUCAGAAGCAUGGUACCUACUGUUUUGGCUACUAAGAUAACUCAUGUAGUCCAAGAUCUUAGGUCAACUGUGUUGGCUCUAGAAUCAUCUGAAGAAGAUGCUGGUAAAGCUAUUAGAGAGCUCAUGCAACGGAGCACAACCUCCUCUGUUUCUUCUGAUGAGGUCAGAGAUUUCCAAUAUGCAGCACUGAAGCUCCAGCUUUCAACACCUGAGGCCAUUGUGCUUGAGAGAAGAUCCCUGAAGUCACUCUUCUCGAAACUAGGCGAGUGUGAAGUGAACAAGAGACAGAUUCUGAAGUACCUUGUCUGUCUUUUGAAGAAGCAUGAGAAGAUCAUCUGGAGAGAUCACAAAGAGAUCUCUUUCACACAGAUUCAGCCUGUGAAUCAUUCUGUGUGUGUUAGUGCUGCGGAAGCAGGGUGUUCUGAGGAACACAACGCUACACUUCCUGAGAAUUUUAAAUGCCCACUUUCUCUUACCGUCAUGUAUGAUCCUAUCAUCAUCUCCUCAGGCCACACUUUUGAGAGGAUGCAGAUUCAGAAAUGGUUUGAUGAAGGCAAUGAGACAUGUCCUAGAUCAAGAAGGACACUAGAUGACUUCACAAUGAAGCCAAACGUAGCCAUGAAGGAACAUAUAUCAAAGUGGUGCUCCAAGAACGGUCUUGAUGUUCAAGAUCCAGCAACAAAGCACACAAGGUCUUCCCACAAUCUUGACUUCUCCAUAGCUAGUUUUGGAAGCUCUCUGUACAAUCUUGACUUCUCGAGUAGGGACUUCAGCUCAAGCUUUUCAACUGAUUCACCUUCCUACUCUAAGAUGUCAAAGGGUGGUUACUUCAUGCCAAUGCAGACCAUAGAUUCUGAGUCAGGAACUGAAGUCACAGACUCUAGUCAAAGCGAGGUGGAGAUAGAGCCUUUAUGUGAACUCACCAAGCUUCCAUGGGUUGCUCAGGUCAAGACCAUUCAAGAUGCAAGAAAACGUUUUGAGCACAACUCUAGAGCUUUUCAGUCUAUGUCACCGAGUAAGUUUCUUGAGCCACUUAUAACAUUCUUGAAGAAUGCUGGCACCAAUGGAGACACAAUAAAGAGUGGGUUGGAUUUGUUGUUCACUUUCCUCAGUGGAAACAGAAGGGCUAUAGAGGCUUUGGAAGAAGACGUGUUUGAAACGUUAUCUGUUUUUCUAGGGUUUGAGUUAUUAGUAGCUGAAGAAGCUUUGAACGUACUCGAGGUUCUCUCUAACCAGCCACAUAGUCUCUCUAAGAUAACUUCAUCAGGCUCCCUCUCUUCUCUUUUGAAGAUGGUCGAGUCUGGAGCAGAACAUCUCCAAGAGCAAGCUAUGAUCACACUCAAGAACCUCUCCUCAAGCAACGAGAUUUGUCUAGAAAUGGUGUCUCUCGGUUUCGUCCAGAAGCUCACAUCGUUCUUACAACAAAGCGUCUUCAGCAAACACUCAAUCAUCAUUCUGAGGAACUUCUGCAACACUGAGAAAGGCCGUGUUUGUGUAACUGAGACACCGAGUUGUUUAGCUUCCGUAGCUGAGUUGCUGGACUCAAAUGUUCCAGAGGAGCAAGAGAAUGCAAUCUCUAUCCUGUUACAGCUAUGUGUGGAGAAGAUAGAGUAUUGCAACCUUGUUGUGAGAGAAGGCGUUGAUAUUUAUCCAUCUCUUUUCUUGAUAUCAAACAAUGGAACAGAGGAAGCUAAGGUGGGUGCGUCAGAAUUGCUUAGAGCUCUUGAGGAAGUAGAUUUCAACAGAGAAGAAGAAGAAGAAGGAGGAGGAGGAGGAGCAACUGCUACAACUAGUUCACAGGUUGUUACUCCAUAUAUGCAUCAAGAACCUAUAAUAACAACACCAUCUCCAAAGAAAUCUGGUCUAUUUGGACUCAGUUUCUCAAUUCUAAAGAAGAAGAAAAGAUAGAUGUAGUUAGGCUGUUUCUUUUUAAUUCUAACUUAGUUUACGGAAAGUUACAGAUAUUUUUUGUGGUUCUUGUCUUUGUUGAUUUAAGUUUGUAUAUGUUGAUACCAAUCCAAUGAGCCUCCUUAAUGCAAGUGUAGUUGUAAGGGUAGUCCCAAAAUCUUCAGAGA